AUGGAAUACGCUUGGGGCAUUGCAGCCAGCAAGACGCCGUUUCCGGCCGAGUUUGCAUCGGCGGCGAGGUCAAAGCCCAAGGCUAUUUCCACGUCGCAGCCGCAGCCGCCGCCAGAGACGAUCACGACCACGCCCACGACCACCUCAACCUCACCCGCAAACCCCUCGACAAAGGCCCAGCCAGCCAGCCCGCCGCUGCCGUCGCCCAGCUCCACCAGGACGAGCCGUCUGCGGAUUCCUGGACACUCCAGGCCGCCCCUCACCCACGCCAACCAGGCCGAGCCGCGCAGCCGCAGCCCCAGGUCCAGGUCCAAUUCCAGUUCCAGUUCCAGGUUCAGGUCCAGGUCCAGGGAUCAGGGCUGCGCCGCGGCAUUGAUGAGUCCGGACAGCUCGCGGUCGCCAGGCCUCCUCCCACACGAGCUGCUCUUGCGUGUCUCGUCACAGCCUGCCCCGUCCGCCCCGUCUGCACUGACACACGACGACCGACGACGCCCCGCCAGUGCAACCAUUGCCAGCCACCUCCACCGGAGUCGCAGCCGAAGUGGUCGCAGCAACAGCAGCAGUGCUACUACUGUUACCACCACCACCAACACCGCCAGCGGCAGGCCAGAUCGAGACGCCGCCCAGCCCAGGGCCCAGCAGAGACCCGCUUCUACUUCGGCGGCUGUUGGCAGUCGCAGUGGGACGGCCACCUCCAGGGCCUCGUCUCUGACUGCUCCUGCUACUGCUACUGCUCCAGCUGCUGCCGCUACUGCUACUUUCCAGGACAAGCAGCUGCCCGCCCUGCCGACCGAGGCCGCCCCCUCGUCCUCAGCAUCAUCCCCCCGGCGAGCGCCAGAGAAGGCCAGUGAUGCGAUUGACGGAUAUGAUGACAGCGUCUCCACGUCCUACCCGGGGCCUCUAAUGAGCCGUGCUUCCUCCACCCUGUCAUACGCAGACGGAGCAUCCUACCGGGACUGGCAGGGGGACCACAACUCUGCCGUCUCGGCUACGGCUCCUCUUCUGUCAGCAGCGGCAACGUCAGGCCCUUCAUCGCAGCAUCGCAGACCCCCCUCCUUGAAGCCCAGCUCCACCGCGGUGUGCGACGCUUCCAAGAAAUCCAGGAGCCCCCUUUCCUUCUCCCGGAGCCGCGCACAACACCAGCUCUCCCCUCAACACCACCACCACAACCACCACCAAACCGCCACCCCCGAAAGCGGUGCCAGCCACAGACUGGUGCACAACCACGAGCUGAGCCGCAACCCGCCGAGCACCCACUGGGCCAAUGCGGCAUCUUCCUCGGCCCCGACCUCGACCCCCUCCGCGAAUGACCCCCCUGCCCGCAAGCGUGACCGGAGACAGUCUAAUCAUGCCACCAUGGUCGGCACUGAGAGCAUCAUCUCCUCUCGCACCGAAAGCGUGGCCGAGUCCGUCGGCGGCCGCACAAUAAUGUCCAGCGAGCCGCCCUACAGGGAGGGAGACGGCUCGUCCACCGGGUCGCUCCCCCGGCCGAGCAGACCCUUCGUCACCAAGAGCAAUGGCCGCACCUACCUCGCCGACCCGACCCUGGCCUACCCCCUGCCCGUCGACCUCCACGAGCUGCACCGCCAGUCCCUCCGGACCCUCCUCCUCUUCCAGCUCUUCGGCGGCCCGCUGUGCUCGCCCUUCUUCAACAACAAGCCGCCCACGCGCGUCCUCGACGUGGGCUGCGCCUACGGCUUCUGGAGCAUGAUGUGCCACUCCUACUACUCGCGCAAGGGCUUCCCCAACGUCCACUUCACCGGCCUCGACAUCGCCGCCCUGGGCGGCAUCGCCGGCAUGCCGCAAGUGACGGGUCCCCCCGGGGGCCCAAAAGAUCGCGUGUCCUCGACCUCGACCUCGUCGUCCGCCUCCGCCAGCCACUGGGCCGAGCAGCCACCCGACAAGAACAUGAGGUGGAAUUUUGUGCAGCAUGAUCUGCGGAUACUGCCGCUCCCCUUUGGUGAGGAGGAGUUCGACGUCAUCGUGUUCAAGGACAUGUCCAUGUCCGUGCACACGGAUCACUUGCCGCUCAUCAUCGAUGAUUUCAUGCGCAUCCUGAAGCCCGGCGGCGCCCUCGAGGUCUGGGAGUGCGACCAUCCCAUUCGCAUGCUCCGCCCCCACGUGCCCGACACGCCCGCCACGGGGCCCGGCGCCGCACCGCCCCCGACGCCCAGCACAGAAGACAGCGCGGCCUCGGCGCCUUCAACCGACGGGAAAGCUGCGGACAAAGCCGCUGCCGAAGACGCCAGCACCCCGACGACCCCCGCAACACCAGCCACCACCCACCACGGGAGCAGCAAGAAGGUCGACUACGAGAAGGAGGUUGCGGAGCUGGGCGCGUACGUGAUCAACAACAACACGCCGCUGUCGGGUCCGCAGAACAACUACCUGAUCGAGUACAACGGGUGGGUGAGCAAGUACAUGGACGCGCACAGGCUACUUACUUUCCCGUGCGCCCAAGUCAGCGCCCUCAUGAUCCAGGAGCAGCUUCUGACCAACCGCGGCUCGAAGCGCUUAGCCAUCCCGCUGUCCGAGGUCCGCUGGGAGCGCGAGGGCGUGGGCGGCGUCGUCACGAAGGACGGCAAGAGCUACAUCGACACGAGCAAGGCCAUCGGCAAGGCCGCCGCCGCCGCCGCCGCCAUAAUGGGCGGAGGCAGCGGGAGCGGCAGCGGCGGUGGCAAGCGCGGGUCCAGCGCGGCCGGCGGCGACGGGGACGACGGCGGCGGCGGCAGCAAGAAGGGCAAGGCGCUCAGCCCGGGCCAGCUCGCGCUGCGGCAGACGGCGCUGCAGACGGUGGUGCAGCUCAUCGAGGGCCUGGAGCCGGCGCUGCGCGAGAUGAGCGGCAAGAAGCCCGACGAGUGGGACACGUGGAUGGGCAAGCUCAUGAAGGAGCUCCUGGAGCGCGACGGCACCAGCUGCGGCGAGUGCCUCGAGGUCGGCGCCUGGUGGGCGCGCAAGAGGCAGGACCCUCCUCCUUGA